CAUUUAGGGUUUCGUCGCCAGGAAGGUUUAGAGCAGCACAUCGGUUCCAUAAUCGGCGCUGAAAAAUGCCUUCACACAAGACUUUUAGGAUCAAGAAGAAGUUGGCCAAGAAGAUGAGGCAGAACAGGCCCAUUCCUUACUGGAUCCGCAUGAGGACGGAUAAUACAAUCAGGUAUAAUGCGAAGCGCAGGCACUGGCGCCGCACCAAACUAGGGUUCUAAGGUGGAACUAUCUUCCUUUCCCAUUCUAGUUUUGUAGUGGGUUUUAGAUUUGUAGUACAAUCUAUGACAUUCGAAGAUUGUAACUCAUUAUCAGUUUUCAACUCGUUUAAUUUUCAUUUCACAAUGGAUCUGUUAUCUUUUUGGUUUGCAAUUUAUGUGAAACGAACAAUUGUUAUGAUGUUUUCAAUGUGAUACUUUGGUGAUGAUACUCA